AUGGCCUUCCACUUCAAACUAUCUAAACCUGGCGGUCUUACUCGUCGCGUGGGUUAUGCUACACAACCAGCGUGGACGACGCUCGCCACUCGUAUCAACGAACUCUUCCAUAUCCCAGUCGACCAGAUUGGAGUGUCAUACAUUGACGCAGACGGGGAUGAAGUCACUUUGAGCAGCGAGAACGAGCUGCAGGACUUCUAUCUUGCCGCUAGGGAGAAGACAUUCAAGUUUAAUGUCCUCGACCUCUCUCGCGAUGACGAGAAGUCCCUUCCCGACAUUCCUCGCACUGGCCUUCGCAAUACGUUUGGGGACAUUGACACCGAUGAAGGCUGGGAUUCCUUGGGUGGCAUUUUCGUGCCUGGCAUGAAUAUCGGCCCCCAUGCAUUCAUACAAACCGUUGACUCGGAAGUGACCUCCCAGCACGAUUCGGAAAGCGACCACUCCACCACCGACUUUGGCCCAAUUCUCGAUAAGGGCAAAGCCAAAGCUGUCGACCCGUCCCCGGCUCCUACUUCAUCUUCGAAGCGACAGCAAGCGCGACACCCAUCCCUGAUGUUCGACCGACCACAGAACCUGUGGAAGAACCCCUCUGACCCUCCAGUUCCCACUCUCGAAUCUCAUAAUCCACCUUCGGCUUCCCUCCCCAACGAUGUCGCUUCACUGCUCACCACUCUCACCAAUGUUAUGUCUUCUCAUCCUGAACUGGCUGAGGGGCUCCGUAACAUCGUCUCGAAUGCGACAAACGGUGCCUACUGGAACUCUCACCGCGCCAACUUUUCUCAAGCUGCCGGGGAAUUUGUGCAAAGCGCUGGCCAGGCAACCAAUGAUCUUCGUCGUCAAGCUGAAGACGAGGCUGGUCGUCGGGUCGCUCAUGCUUUGGAAGGGAUGUUUCGCUCGUUCUCCCAGGCUAUGGCCGCACCUACUGUCAAUGCUACUGGUGAGCAGGCUGAAUCGACAACUGGAGUUGCCACCGAAGAUUCCGAGCAGCCUUGGCGCACCAGCACUCCGACAACUGACCCAGUUAACUCUACCUCGUUUUGGUAUGCGCCCCCAAUGUGGGGUGGCAUGAGAGGUGGAGCUCCCCGUCGCGGUCGGAGCCCGAAUCCUUGGGCAGCUCUCCACCUGGCACGUGAUGGAGUACCGCCACCGCCGCCACCGCCACCGCCACCUCCCCAUGGGCCUCCGCCAAUGCCAUUCAUGGCUCCCUGGGGACACUGGGGCCGCGGUAAUGUCCCGCAACCACCACAGCCGCCUCCUCAACCAGCUGCUCCGCCAACCUCUCAACCAGCAGCUGCUCAGGCCACAUCUCCGAAGCCAACUCCACAGGAACUUCGUGCCCAGGUAGAUGCAGCUAAGCUUGCUUACAAACGAGAGAAAGAACGGUAUCGAGCUGAGCGGGAAGAACGUCGAAAAGUACGCGAGGCCAGGACUCGCGCAGCCGAGACCAAGCCCGCCACCACAACGGAAAAUGAUAAGCCUCCAACUGAGAAGCCCGCUCCAGUUCAGGAAACGACUCCUGAACCUGUACUCGUCAGCACGGGUAACGCCAAAGUCGGCUACCCACAGCUGGAAAUGUACAGUGUACCCCACCGCCACAACACCUAUCACGGCCAGCCUAGCCGUCGACGUGUCCCAGAGAGUGCUAGUGAGCGCAGUGUCAACCGUAUCACCAAACGCUUGGCGGCAAUGGGAAUAACGGAAAAUGCACACCCUACUCUUCCGGCCAAGAUUAAGGAGCAGUUGCCCGAAGGCAAUGUCUCUGAUGAAGCAGAACAGAAUAUAGUGUCGACUCUCGUCGAGGAGCUAGUCUUUAUGUCGCCCAAACCUACUGCGUCUGGUUCGCGUCAGAAUGCUGAUGUGCCGGGGACGUGGUUGUAA